AUGGCAAACGAACACUCCAUCCCCAUUAGGGUUGCAUACGAUGAUGCGGCCCAUAUGCACGGGCAGCAGUCUUCAGAAGAUCGACACAACGAUGUGAUGGAGACAACAGAGAAGCAUGUCGACGAAGACCGCCUUGAGGACAGCUUAUCACCCAACACCGCCGUGGAGGAACAGGAUGAGCUUUCAGAUGACUCCACUCCUCCCGUACCACCAGUCCCUCGUCAGCUCUCGUCUCGGGCUUCUCGGACACGCAUUCGAAGAGGCCAACCCAAGAGCUACGAUUCAGAUCCUCAGACUUAUGGUCAAGACAUGCCGCGCAUGAUGUCCUCGAGGUCCAACCGCCCUCGCUUUCAGGACGAGAUGUAUGAGAGCGACCCUCACUACGGCUCUGACCGCGCCUGGAGGGAGGAGAUCCGACAUCCAGAUUACCAAGACCGCCGGUACAUGAACCGUGGGAAGCCGCCAAGGGCCUUCCUCAACAACCAGCAGAGCCCCGGCACGAAGCAGUGGGUGGAGGAGUCAAGAUCUUACCAUGACCCUUUCUCGCCCAUGCAGCCCCCAAAGCGGUUCUACACCUUCGACGAGGAGCAAGGCUACGGCCCGGGCUACCCGGGAGGAUAUAACAAUCGCCAGACGUUCUCCACUGACGACAGCCCGCGAAUCCAGUGGAACGCCCUCACGAAGGAGCAGAAGGCCGAGGUACUUCGUCUCCCCUGGCUUCAGUGGAUGAACUCGGACUUCAAGAACCACUUCGUUGCCAGCCUGGGAGAAUUUGUUGGCACGACCAUGUUCCUCUUCUUUGCCUUCGCUGGCACCGAGGUCGCCAACAUUGCAUCGAAUGCCAACGGCUCAAGCAACUCGUCAGACUCCAACACAACGACUGGUGGAUCGACCGGUUUCAAUGUCAACGUGCUGCUGUACAUUGCGCUCUCCUUCGGCUUCUCUCUCAUGGUAAACGUCUGGAUCUUCUUCCGCAUCAGCGGUGGCCUGUUCAACCCGGCCGUGACGCUCGCCCUGAUGCUCAUCCGUGCCAUCUCGGUCUUCCGCGCCAUCGCUCUGUUCAUCUCGCAGAUCCUGGGUGGAAUCAUGGCCUCGGUCCUCGUGCGAUUCCUGUUUCCCGAGAACUUCAACGUGCGAACCACCUUGGGCGGCGGGGCCAACAUCGCGCAAGGCAUCUUCAUUGAGGCGCUCCUCACGGCCGAGCUUGUCUUUACCAUCUACAUGCUUGCGGCGGAGAAGCACAGGGCUACUUUCAUGGCACCCAUCGGCAUUGGCAUGGCUCUCUUCAUUGCUGAGAUGGUCGGUGUGCAGUUUACCGGUGGCUCUCUGAACCCUGCGCGCAGUUUUGGCCCAUGUGUGGUCACAGCCACUUUCGAUACUGAGCAUUGGAUCUACUGGCUCGGCCCAUUCCUCGGAGCGCUGAUCGCGUGGUUGUUUUACCGUUUCAUCAAGGCGCUUGAGUACGAGAUGGUCAACCCUGGCGCAGACGGCGACCCGCUCAACGAUCCCACCAAGAACCCGGAGAAGGCGGCUGAGAUCAAGAUCGCAAGGCAGAAGACCAGCCUGUCGAGCAUGAAGACGCCGUGA